AUGUCAGAAGGAAAACCUGUAACAUCCGGCAACAUAAGCGAUGUCGAAUCAAAUCGAGAAAAGGUGACCACCGGGGGUGGCGUAACCGAUGCCAACGUUUCGACUUUUUUAUUUUCCGCGGUUUCGACACCCUCGGGACCGGGAGGAGGAGGAUUUCCUCUCAGACCGAUUUAUCCACCGAAAUCCGCUUUGAAAGGUCACAGAAGAAGCGCAAGUCACGGAGGAGUGGCAACACGGCCUCUAACAGCAUCUGAAUCGACGGAUCAGGAGCAAAAUUCUUACGUUUGA